AUGGCUGUCUUUGAAGACCCAUGUGGGGUUUUAACGGUACACUUUGCUGUGAACAUUAGGAACAAGAUAACUCCACCCUUGCCACAUGGGUUUGUUGGGAAUACUGUUGUAACAGCUUGUGCAAGUGCAAAGGUGGUGGAUUUGAAUAAGGAGUCUUUGGAAUUUUUUGUUGAGAAGGUGAAGGAAGCAAUAGAGAUGGUGACAGAUGAGUAUGUGAAAUCAGUAGUGGAUUGGUUGGAGGUUUAUAGAGGGGUCCCUUCCACUUUAGAUGAGAAUUUUUAUGUGUCAGCUUGGUGGAAGCUACCCUUCCAUGAGCUGGAUUUUGGGUAUGGGAGACCCACCUAUGGUGGCCUAGUUGUGAGUGGAAUGGAUGAGUUUGUGCUGUUGCUCUCCGAUGGUAUUGGGGUGAGAAGAGGUGGAGGUGUCAAUAAACAGUUACCGAAGAUAUCUCCUGUAUAUUUUGCUUGGUGCAAUGUGCAAAUUUUAAGCUUAGGUUUUGGUUUACGAUGCAUCACAAUUUCAGUGUGUUCUUUACAGGGUCUGAGAUACCACUUAACCACCUCUCAUGAUUUAUUCAACUAUGAGUUUUGGCUAACUGAAGAGUAUGAAGCUGUGAAUGUUUCUGUAAAAACUGAUAUAGGGAGAUCUGAGAGUGUUGCAGAUGGAGUUGACCCAAGGCUACAGACAUUUUCCUUCUACUCGAAGCCAUGCAGGUAUAGAACAUUGAAAAAGCUAGUUCAAAAUGCUAAGCAUGUACAUCCACAUGCCAGGAACAGUGCCUCACCUGAAGUGUCCAGAGAAGCUUCUCAUGAGGGUCAUUUGGAAAAGGAUGCUGGUACGAAUUCUUACUGUAAGCCCAUUACAACAUCUUCAAAAGAUGCUGAGCCUUCAAACAGAUUAUUUCUUCAAAGAUUUGAGAAGGAUGGUGGUUCUAAUAAGGAUAAAGAGCAUAAAAUUUUGAAAGCAUUUUUCAUUGAAAAUCAUUUGGAAAGGCAUAAAGCUAAAUGCUGUGGCCUGGGUUGGGCUGCAGAGGUCACAGAAGCCAUUGCAUCCAGCUCCAAUGUUACAGGUUUUUGCUCUACUGCAGCACAGGCUUCUGCUAGUAAUGAAUGUGUGCAGCCCAUAUCUACAAACUAUCUUGCCCCUUCUUCUAUGCUUCAGUUUGUAAAGACAAGGAAGUUAUCUGCUAACCGAGCAGAUCCCAGAAAGUAA